AUGAACAUGCAAAAGAAUGUCCAGCCUCAGUCAGUCAGUACGUCAGUAAUCAGCAUAAAUCCACUCCCGUGCAAACUGCAAACAUGGCUGGAGGAGGCGAAGCUGAACUUUUCCCACCAGCGAAAAGGACGAAGUCGGUGGUGUGGGAACAUUUUGGCUAUCAGAAGAAUCCACUUCGUCCCGACUUUAGAGAGCAUCAGAAAAAUAAGUGGCCGCGGAAAGACCGGAGGAAAAGCCAGAGCCAAGGCAAAGAGCUGCUCCUCCCGUGCUGGGCUCCAGUUCCCAGUCGGCCGUGUUCACAGGCUGCUGCGCAAUGGAAACUAUGCGGAGCGUGUCGGUGCUGGCGCCCCUGUCUACCUGGCGGCUGUGCUGGAGUAUCUGACCGCUGAGAAGCUGGAGUUGGCUGGAAACGCUGCCCGCAACAACAACAAGACCCGUAUCAUCCCCCAUCACCUGCAGCUGGCUGUCUGCAACGAAAAGGAGCUCAACAAGCUGCUGGGCGGAGUCACCAUCGUGAAGUUAAGAAAUGGCUCUAUUAAACUUUUAACGGGUCUAUAUUAGCCUACACAUUUAAACAACUGGUGUGAUGAUGCGUUGCACUGACAGGAGAUGCCUGGUACGUGCGGUCGCUCAUGAAUGGUAAAACGAAUAUUAGCCUGCCGUUUUAAAGUCUAGAGCGCGAAAAUAGGACGACGCCUGUUUUAUGAUGAUGAUGAUGAUGAUGAUGAUGAUGAUGAUGAUGAUUGAUUAUUAUUAUUAUUAUUAUUAUUAUUAUUACUACUACCGCGGUAAUACCGGUUACCGUGGUAUUUUUGCCCACGGUUAUCAUACCGUCAAAAUCUCAUACCGGCACAUGCCUAGUCCUCGGUAGAAUUCAAAGGAUCCUUGACAUUGGAAAAGUCCUUCGGCGAGAUUCGAUGACUCCUUGAAAUUCAGCCAUUUAAGGAUCCUUCCUUGACUUUGAGAAGCACAAUCUGUUUGCAUGUAGACGGGAGGCCAUAACCCAGAGGAAAAUAUGCGUUUCCAAAAAUAUUUGUAUACAUAUAGACAUGGCCUACAACAGUGGCUUCUGUCAAUACUAUGGGUGUAAUGAUCCAUUGAUCUGGAUCAAUAUAUCGAUUUAAUGAUCAAUGAUCCCAUAUCAUCGAUGGCUGUUAUUUUGAAAGUCUGUGUCACUGUCAAACAGCGGCAGGCAGAUGGCAAGCAGCCAAGAGAAAGACAAUGAGGAUAACAUUUUUUACUCGGGAAUAAAUCAGCAGAGUGCAAAUGUUUUGGAUUUUGGAGAAAAUACAGCACAACAGACAGAGCACAUGCCGUAUGUAAACAAUGACGUUACAGGUAAUACGACGUAACGUUACUUGCCUGGAGGGCCAUCUCACUCUGUUGCCUUCUUGCUUUAGCCACAUUAGCUGCUCUGUUUCAACAAUGUUCAGCCCCUGAAAACCUGUGCAUGCAGACUAAAAUUCAACUGAGCUGUUCUGUUGGGAGAUGCAGCGACUUAAACCAUGAGUAGGAAAAAUAAUAACGCUGCAUGUAAUUUGUUAAAGGACAACUUCGGUAUUUUUCAACCUGGGCCCUAUUUCCCCAUGUGUAUGUGUGCGUAUGAUUCAUGGGUACAACUCGUUCUAAAAUUGGUUCAGUAUUGAGGGAGGCAGAUGCAACCGGGAGCCGCAAAACAAGCUAAAACGGUAACGGGGGCAAAUGCUUCCUGUAUAAGUUUGCACAUUAAAAGUGCUUUUUUUCGCCACUGACCGGUUCAGAUCGCCAAGCGAAGCUAUGAGAAGAGGAAAAAUAACCGCUAGCCGCUAGGCUAAUUAAUGCAUUGUAAACACCUAAAGCUAAUUUCAGGUCACUAGCAAAAAACAAUUGUUUUGUCCAUGAACCUUGACAGUUAUUACUGAGCUGAAUGUGAUACUUUUGUUGAAUGAUCUUGUUGUUAAUCUGUGUUUUAUGACUGUUUGGAGAAGUUUUCCUUUAGAGCUUAAAGCCAGAUAUUCCUGAAGUUUUAUGAAAAAGAUGAUGGUUUGGUUUAGAAAAGAUUUCUUCCAGAACGGUCUCUCUGACAGAACGCCCUGAGAGUUCACUUAUCCCAUUUGCUGUUUUAUUUGUGUACUUAUUAUUUAUGUGUUGUUUAUGUGUUUUAUGACCAAAAGUAAAAAAGAAAGGUGUGGCAGCCUCUUCUGUAACAGACUGCAUUAAAUGGGCAUUUAAUAUCGCCUAAUAUCGAUCGCAAACCCCUAGAUCGUAUCAAAUCGAAAUCGUGUUGUGACAGACCUUGUAAUAUCGGAAAAAUAUGGUAUUGUUGUCCAAAGAAUUGAUAUAAUAUUGUAUCUUGAUGAAAUUGGUGAUUUGCACCCCUAGUCAAUAUUCCUAAGGAUCAAGAUUAUUGUUUCUUCUGAAAAUAACAAAAUGCUGUUGUUUUUCCCCCGUUAAAGGUUUUUUUUUUUUGGGGGGGGGGGGGGGUUCCCUUAUCCGCUGUGAGGGUCCAAGGGACAGAGGGAUGUUGUAUGCUGUAAAGCCCUGUGAGACAAAUUGUGAUUUCUGAUAUUGGGCUUUAUAAAUAAAAUUGAUUGAUUGAAUUGAUUAAGUUUUUUUAAGUAAUUUUCUUAAUAUUUUGAGUAGUGCAUAAUUGUUUUUUUGUUUUUUUUCAGCUCCAUUGUACUGGGGUGGAGGCUGACAGGAGUGGGUGGGUUGAGGCACAACUUUCAAGGAUGAAAAUAUCACUAACUUUACACACAAAGGCAGAAAUCAUUUGCAUGGCUAGAGACCACUGUUUCUGUUUGCUUGUUUUUCAUGGGUGAACAGACACUUUAAAAUCCUAUGUGCUAAAGUACCAUGCUAAAACCAAAUCAAUGUGGCAUGUCCUAAUACUCACAGACUGCACUGUACUGUAUACAGGUCUCCUGUUUAUUCAAUAUUAAGCACAGAUUGGGUUGAAUUGGCUGCAACCCGGUGUCAACACAAUACCCCCAUUUCACCUCUAGGGUCAUGAAUUGUAAAAACUGUGAUGAACUUUGAAUAAUAAUAG